AUGGCUCUGGCUGUGGCCUCGUCAUCGUCUUUUGGACUAAAUCGUUCGUUCUCGCCGCGUCUCCCCGCGCCGCUUCGUGCCUCGGCGGCGCCUCUUGUCGGAAACCAGAUGCGCCUCGCUGUUUGCGUUCUGCUCAUCGUGCUCGUCCUUCCAGCAGCUGUGGCUGCGCCAACAGCCAGUCCCCCCCCUCCGCCCGGCCCUGCCGGUUCACCCCCUCCUGCGCCCUCUAGCUGCGUCAUGCAGCGGCGCAUAUGCCCGUGGGUGUGUGACAAUAACAAGAGUGAUCCUCCCUGCCUGUUGAGGAAGGUCUGCCCGAAGGGCCAUGGCAAGGGUACUGCAAACUGUCUUCCUGCUCAUGCUCGUCCUUCCGACAGGUGUUUCCUCCGCACCUCCUCCUCCGGGUGUUUCCUCCGCACCUCCUCCACCGGGUGUUGCCUCCCCACCUCCCCCUCCUGCCCCUGCCACAUCAUCGCCCCCACCUCCCCCUCCUUCCCCUCCUCCCCCUUCUCCCCCUCCCCCCUCUCCUCCCCCUCCCUCGCCUCCUCCUCCCUCUCCUCCUCCUCCCUCGCCUCCUCCUCCCUCUCCUCCCCCUCCCUCCUCUCCGCCCCCUUCUCUCCCUCCUCCCCCUCCCGCCCCUGCUACAACAUCUCCCCCACCCCCUGA